UUUGAAUGUGUUGAUAAGAGAAGAGAAAAUGGAGAGUUUGGUGAUGAGUGGGAAGAAGCUUUGUGUGAUGGUGUUAUGUUUGUACUGGGUUUAUGCAGUGAUAGCUUCUGUUACAAAUGAUCACAAAGCAAUUGUUGUUAAUGGGCAGAGAAAGAUUCUGUUUUUUGGUUCUAUACACUACCGCAGAAGCACACCUCAGAUGUGGCCAGAGCUUAUUCAAAAUGCUAAAGAGGGAGGGUUGGAUGUUAUUCAAACCUAUGUGUUUUGGAAUGGCCAUGAACCUUCUCCAGGAAAAUAUUAUUUCGAAGAUAGGUACGACUUAGUUAAGUUCAUCAAGGUAGUGCAGCAAGCUGGACUUUAUGUUAAUCUUCGAAUUGGUCCCUACAUAUGUUCUGAAUGGAACUUUGGGUAAUGAUCUUCAUAAUUUGGCUUAUAAUUCAAUAUAA